GGCAAGGAGGUCACGCGUACCUGCAAGAGUGGCUUUGGUGGGCAGGGCUGCUGUGCAUGGGAGUUGGAGAAGCAGCAAAUUUUGCUGCUUAUGCCUUUGCCCCUGCAACACUGGUAACUCCACUGGGUGCUCUAAGUGUCCUUGUUAGUGCAGUUCUGUCUUCCGCCUUCCUGAAUGAGCAGCUGAAUGUUCAUGGGAAGAUUGGCUGCAUCCUGAGUAUCCUGGGCUCCACAGUGAUGGUGAUCCAUGCUCCACAGGAAGAAGAGGUUUCCAGCCUGGAGUCAAUGGCAGAGAAGCUGAAAGAUCCAGGAUUCAUUGUAUUUACCAUGUGCAUCCUCGUGAGCUCCCUUCUGCUUAUCUUUGUGGCUGGACCCCGUUACGGACAGAGCAAUGUCCUGGUUUAUGUUUUGGUCUGCUCUGCCAUCGGCUCGCUUUCUGUGUCCUGUGUCAAAGGUUUGGGGAUUGCCCUGAAAGAACUGUUUUCCGGGAAGCCAGUCCUGAAAGAACCACUGGGCUGGGUGCUCCUGGUAUGCCUGGUGAUCUGCAUCAGCGUCCAGAUCAACUAUCUGAACAAAGCCUUGGACAUCUUCAACACAUCUGUGGUCACGCCUGUGUACUACGUGCUGUUCACCACAGCAGUCAUGAUGUGCUCUGCCAUCCUCUUCAAGGAAUGGCAACACAUGGUGCUAGACAACAUCAUUGGCACCAUCAGCGGCUUCCUCACCAUCGUGUUUGGCAUCUUCCUCCUGCACGCCUUCAGGGACAUGGCCUUCACCCCCGACCUCCUGCCACUCUUCCUGCAGCAAGGCAGGCCAGAUCUGCACGUCUCAUGGAGGAGUGCAGACAGACAUCAGUCAUGUCAGCACCACCCUCUUCUGCCCUCAGAGGAGAAAGGCUCUCAGAGCGCGGAGGAGGAGGAGGAGGAAGGUGAAAGCGUGUGA